AUGUCUUACACGAGGAGGUGCUUGGAGAGACAAGAGCGAGAAAUUGAAGAAAGAAGGCGCAAACGAGCUGAAGAAGAAAGGGAGGAGGAAGAAGAUGAUGAUCAAGUUGCCAUGGUAGUGGGUAUGCUCCAUCUAUCAAGCCAAGGCCAUCAUCGUGGUUCACAAGUCAGCCGUGGCCCAAACAUGGACAAACGUAGGCAUUCUUGGGGUAAGAAUCUUUUGGAAGAUUACUUUAUCCAAAAUUUGUUGAUUAGGGACGGUCGUUACAACAAUCGUAUGAUUGACUGUUAUACGGAAAUGCAAUCUUCUUAUGUUCAUGAACGACGUCAAGUUGACUUGAUGGAGCACUUAUGGGUUCUGAGAGGCAAUGACGGUCAAUGA